GCAAGAUGAAAACUGUACAGCCCAUUUCUAUCUUCAAGAUCUGCCUUCUGGUUCUGGUGACCUCAGGUUACGGCGUACAGAGAGCUCCUCGUAUAAUCACCUUGUUAGAUACAGUAGAUGUACUACUGGACCACAACGCCACCUUCAUCUGUGAAGUGGAGUCCCGUCCCUCUGCUGACAUCAGCUGGACCAAAAAUAACCACCCAAUAAUGUACUAUGACCCUCGCUACAUUACCAGGGAGCAGGGUCAGAUGCUUGUCAUCCCUCAUGUACGGGAGUCAGAUAAUGGAGAAUACUGCUGCAUCGCCAGUAAUGGGAUUGGAGAGGCGGCCAAAAGCUGUGGAGCGCUGCAGCUAAAGAUGAAACCACAGAUUAAAAGACAUCCGACCAAUGUGACCCUGCUGAUCGAAUCCAAAGCAGUGCUGCCCUGUGUUACCCUGGGCAACCCCAAACCAGAUGUCACCUGGCUCAAAGAUGAUGAGCUUAUCAAGAUCAGUGACCGAGUGACUAUUCUUGACUAUGGUGCAUUGAAGAUCCAUCAUAUACAGAAGGAGGAUGCAGGACAGUAUCGCUGUGUGGCUCAGAACAGUAUUGGUUUGGCUUUUUCAAAACCUGUCACCAUCGAAGUACAGGCUCCUGCACGAAUCCUCCGAGUUCCAAAGGAGAAAAGAGUAGCAUAUGGCAGCCAGAUUUCUCUGGAGUGUAACGCUACAGGAAAUCCAAUUCCCACUAUCACCUGGCUGGAAAAUGGGAAUACUAUCUCGGGAGCAUCUGUGGACGAGACCUUGGUGGGCGAGGUGAUCUUGUCUGUGCUCAAAGUGACGGUGAAUAAACCGGCUCUGUACACGUGUAUGGCCUCUAACAGACACAGCGCAGGGGCCAACACCGUCAAGGCCACGGCUCGAGUCACGGUGGCAGAGUGGAGACUCUAUAAGGGCAUCACUGGCUACUGCAGUGCAUAUCGCGGAGAUGUUUGCCGCUCUAUCCUGCAAGACGACUCCCUGGUUUUCUUUAACUCCACCCUCUCGGACCCAGAGGACAUGCAGGAGUACCUGGUUCAGAGCUGGUGGGCGGACCUUGAAGGACUGAGCAUGCUCUGUAGCCCGGCGGUACGCUCACUGCUGUGCCACACCUCCUUUCCAGACUGUAACCCAUCAGGACUCGGACCUGCACCCAAACCUGUUUGCAGAGAACACUGCCUGGCAGUGAAGGAGUUGUACUGCCAUAAGGAGUGGCUGGUGCUACAGGGCAACCGUUUGGUCCAACCUGGGCUUUACAGCUCUGUCGGUGGUUCCCAGACUCCCGGUUUGCAGCUGCCGAACUGUCAGGCCUUACCCAGUCUUCGAGCAGACCCUGGUGCUUGUACACAUGUGCCCUUUGUAGACAUCAACAGAGAACAAGUUACAACAUCAUGUUAUAAUGAUAGAGGACGCUUUUACCAAGGAAAUCUGAAUGAGACCAGAUCAGGGAUACCGUGUCAGCCCUGGAACCAGCAGGAUCCCCACGAGCAUCGCCUUUCUGUGGAUGUCAUUCCAGAGUUGAAGAAUUCUAAAAACUUCUGUAGAAAUCCAGGAGGAAUCAGUGACAAACCCUGGUGUUACACCUUAAACCCCAAUAUUCGCUGGGAGUACUGCGCUGUGCCUCAGUGUGGGGAAACCCUGAAAGUGAUAACAUCCGUCCCUCGUCAGCCUCCUCGUUUUCCUCCUGUUGUCACCUCAUCUCCAGCUUAUUCGAUGUCCGUUAUCGUUAUUGUCCUGACCGCCGUCGCUGCUGCCGUCUUUUUUACAAUCAUCAUCCUGGCCUGUCAUCGACGGAGGAAACAGUGGAGGAACAGAAAGAGAGUGAUGGAGACCCCAACACUGACUGCCCUCCCAUCAGAACUCCUGCUGGAUCGACUCCACCCAAACCCGAUGUACCAGCGGGUUCCUCUGCUGCUCAACUCGAAGCUGCUGGCCCUGGAGUACCCGCGGAAUAACAUACAGUAUGUCCGAGACAUUGGAGAGGGAGCCUUUGGACGGGUUUUCCAAGCAAGAGCACCAGGCCUGUUGCCAAUGGAGUCCUUCACAAUGGUGGCCGUGAAGAUGCUAAAGGAGGAAGCCUCUGCUGACAUGCAGAAUGACUUCCAAAGGGAGGCGGCGCUAAUGGCUGAGUUUGACCAUCCAAACAUUGUCCGACUCCUCGGUGUGUGUGCAGUGGGUAAACCCAUGUGCCUGAUGUUUGAGUACAUGGCCCACGGUGACCUCAACGAGUUCCUACGCCGUCGAUCUCCGACCCAGUCUGUGCGCACUGUCAGCCGUGCUAGUUUAUCCAUUCGCAGUUUUUCCUCUGAGCUGGACGCCCUCCCUCUGUCCUGCACCGAACAGCUGUCCGUCUCCAAGCAGAUUGCCGCUGGGAUGGCCUACCUGUCGGAGCGCAAGUUCGUCCAUCGUGACCUCGCGACUCGGAACUGCCUGGUAGGAGAGGAAAUGGUGGUGAAGAUUGCAGACUUUGGCCUCUCCAGAAACAUCUACUCAGCUGAUUACUACAAAGCUAAUGAGAACGACGCCAUCCCCAUUCGCUGGAUGCCACCAGAGUCGAUCUUCUACAACCGCUACACCACUGAAUCGGAUGUGUGGGCGUACGGAGUGGUGCUAUGGGAGAUUUUCUCCCACGGAAUGCAGCCGUACUAUGGCAUGGGUCAUGAAGAGGUCAUUUACUAUGUGAGGGAUGGGCACAUCCUGUCAUGCCCUGAGAACUGUCCUCUGGAGCUGUACAAUCUGAUGAGGCUGUGUUGGAGCACACACCCGUCAGACCGACCCAGCUUCAGCAGUAUACACCGAAUACUGGAGCGGAUGCAUCAGACCAUGAUAAACUGUAACACUGAGGCAGAGGCUGACUGCUAGCCUGACACCUACUGACCAUAAAACAAACUUGUCGGAUUGUGGAAUGUUUUGGGGUUUUUUGAGGUUAAUAAAUGUUGCAUAGUUUGAGAAAGAUUAUUUAGCAUCCAUAGAUACUCUUUUAGCCCUGCACCUUGCAUAUUUUUUUUAUUCAGCUGACCUGGUCUAGGAUAAACUUGGACUUUUUUUGCCCGUUGAUUUUCAUGCUUAUGCCAAUAACGCAGUUUUGUGACAGUAAGAUUGGAUUUAAGUGGUUACAUGUAGGGCUGUUGUGGUGAGGAAAUAUUCCGUGUGUUGAUUUUGGAUGACUCAGUUGUGCAUUAUGUAGAUAUAUUCUAGUAUUUCACCACAGAUUAAUUAGUUUCAUUAAGCUCUGAAAAUAUUAUAACACUUCUCUUAAGUGGACAAUAGCAGAAAAACUGAAUACACACAAACUCCUGCAUGUUAAAGCAGAUUAAAGAAACACUGUAGCAUGUUUUGCACUGCUGCGUCAGCAAAAAUAAAACACAUUUACCCCAUGUUAGAGUUCAGAAAUCAGACCAGGUGCUCACAGAUUAACUGUAGUUCUUGAAAGUUGUUAUUUCAUCUGUAAUUAUUUCACAUGGAGGUUGCUUUGCAGAUGAACUGAGCACUUUAAGCCUGAACACACAGAAAAGAAGAACUAUAAAUAGAUUUACACUCACCAGUCUUGCAAUGUUUAUAGUAAUAACCAGUUUCUGGAUUUAUAGAGACACUCAACAAAUUUAAACUGUAUAUUAGAGUGCAUUAGGUAUGUUUGGGCAGUGCUUUUAUUCAUUCAUUAAAGUGUGAUAACAUUUCUGUGUGAAACUGCUGGUUGUAUAGCCUUAUGACAAACAGAGGAACUUCUGUCACAGUUGUUUGCCGUCCUCUGCAGUUGGCUUGUCUUUAGUACAGUACAAUGUUGCAGUUACCACAGCAGCCCUCAUUACAUGUGUAGACCCUGUAGAUACAUGCAUCACCACUUAGAAAGUAACCAUGCAUCAGGGUAUUGGACUACUGAAAGAACUGUGGUUGAUGAACUCCAUUUGUGGUUUCUCCUACAAAGGGGGACGACAUAAAGUAAAUGUUAUGCAAAGUUUAGUAAUUAUGUCAGAGAUGUGAGAAAUAGACAUCAAUCAAAGCCAUCUCCACUGCAAAGGUUAGAAAGACUAGAGAUUGUGCGACUUAAUUCACUUUAUUGGUGCUUUUUGACUUCGACAUUGUACCUACAGAGAGUAUUGAAGGUUACUUUGCUUGUCAGCUAAAACUCUACCUAAAAGCUAAUUCCACAGCGGCACACAAUCACUUUAAAAGAUUGCUGUUGAUUAUUUUUUUAAUAGACAAGUUGCUAUUCCAUUUGGGGCAUUCUCCUUUUCCCUUUUUUCUUUUUAUUGUUAUGUUGUUGAUGAUUUCUGAUGAUGAUAUUGAUGCAUGGGACAUAUUAAAGGAAAAAUCGAAUGGGUAAUGAAAAUUUGAAUGAUGUGAUUUUCUGUAGACCCAGUUGAACAAAGGUGGAACAUUUUAGACAGACAUGUUCUCCACCUCCAUCAUCAACACAGCAAAUAAGGAAAUAUGUUUUAGUAGAAUGGAGUUCAAAGAUAUUGUAAUCAAUGCUACUGUACGCUGAAGCUGUUCUCUUUUAAGACACUCGUUUUUUCCUUGAAUAUGUCACCUGUUUAUGUGCAUCACUUUUUUACAUCUGCAUGGUCAACGCUUCCAACUCACUCCCCACAGUAGGCAUAGAUACAUACAUUUGAUGUAAUUUUUUAUCUUUAUCAGGGUAAAUUAUUGCCUUAAUUAUCAUAAUGUUACAUAAAAUUCUGAAUCUUAACUGGUUGUAACCAAAGAGAAAUUCUCUUACAGAUCUAACUUUUUUCUUGUGACUCAGUAUAAAUGUGUAUAUA